UGACACACUCCCGCCAAUUCGACUGGGGAGCGCGAGGCAGGCAGCGGGGAGUAUGUGGGAGCUGCUGGAAAAGAAUGCGUCAUGUUUUAUGUGAAAUAAAUUAGAAGUACAUGUCGUUUAAAUAGCAGCGCACUGUUUUGUCUGUUAACGGGGGAACUCUCGGGAGUUUACGCGACCUGCACCGUUGUUUUACCGGAGAAUAUCGCUAACGAGAGAAGCCCCGGCUCAGUGGUUGGGAUGUUGGCGGCGGAAAACCCAUCUGUUGACGGACAUUUGGCAGCAUCGACUCCCCGGAGAAGAGGUAUGGAUUGUAAGUCAAGUAACAAUGCCAACAAGAAACUUGUCCAAGCUCGUCUCCCAUUCAAGCGUAUGAACCCCGAACCUAAAGAGAACCAGCCGCCUAAACGCCCCUGUGCACAUGCCUGCCCCAAACCAGGAGUCCCAGACGGGGAGAAUGAGAAUGAGUCCUCUGCGCUCCCCGUACACAGUGGACCGCCACUGGUUAACGGUCGCGGGCCCCUUGAUGGCUUCCUGAGCCGUAGGCGCCCUGCACCCUCAGUUGAGAACAUGGUUAUAGAUCUGACUGAAGACAGCGCUUCGUCUCCUGUAAAACGCCUUGCUCCACCUGCUCCGGCUUCUUCCCACUCGCCAGCAAAAGAAAAGCAACAGGGCAAAGACAAAACUGCAUCUUCUGGGAAAUCCAGCAACGUUGAUAACGCUCCUAAAACACACACUUUAGACUGCAUAGAGGACGAGGAAGAUGAAGAAGGUGGUAAUGAGACAGCAUCGAUUUCGCAGCUUGACACAACGCAGGAAUCUGACAGUGGGCCGGAGGAGCAGGAUGAGUCAGGAAACGUUUCCAGUUUAGGAAACAAGUCCAUGCUGUCAGUUUCAUCAGUCAGCCCCUCAUCUGAAAGCUCACCAGAGAAGUCCACGACUGAUGACCCUACACCCACCAGUACACCAACUACUAGAAAACCUACAGAGCCAAAGACCACGCCCAAGAUACCAUCAGAGCAGAAAAAAAUCAAAAGACGCUCACUGAAGAAAGAACAAGAGGAUAGGCUUCGCCUGCGAGAAGAGAAGGAACGCCAGAGGGAAGAGGCUAAAGCCGCAAAAGAGAAGAAGAGAGAGGAGGCCCGCAGGCUAAAGGAUGAGCGGGAAAGGGAAAAACGAGAGAAGAAAGAAAAAGACGAACGAGAGAAAAGAGAGAAAAAGGAGAAGGAGGAGAGGGAAAAAGCAGAGAGGUUAAAAGCAAAAGAGGAACUACGGAAAUCAAAGCAAGAGGCAAAGCUUGAAGAAAAACGGAAGAAAGAAGAGGAGAAGCAAAUGAAGGAAGAAGAGAAACGGUUGAAAGAAGAGAAAGAUCGCCUCAAAGCUGAGAAAGCAGAAAUUACACGUUUUUUGCAGAAGCCCAAGAUCCAACAGGCUCCAAAGACACUUGCAGCUGCGUGUGGGAAGUUUGCGCCCUUCGAGAUUAAAGAACACAUGGCUCUGGCACCACUAUGCCGGGUCCAGUGUGAGGACUCUGCUCUGGAGGAGCUGGACCGGUGUUUGAGGAGCCCUGCUGAUAACUUGAAUGGAAUUAAAGACUGGAUUGGGCAACAACCUCGGAGCUCAGGACCCACCAAUCCCAGACAGACAGACACACUCAGUGAGUGUGUAACGGUAGAAGGGCCUAAACCAGAUGGUGUGCCAGAUCGUAAACGUUAUGGACCGAUGAAGCUGCUGCAGUUCCAUGAGAACUACCGUCCAGCGUACUGGGGCACCUGGAGUAAGAAGAGUUCACACGUCUCACCUCGCUGCCCUCUCAGACAAGACAAGGAUUUGUUAGACUAUGAGGUGGACAGUGAUGAAGAAUGGGAGGAAGAGGAACCAGGAGAAUCCCUGUCACAUAGCGAAGGGGAAGAUGAGGAGGAAGGAGGUGAAGAUGAUGAUGAUGACGAUGGCUUCUUUGUUCCUCAUGGCUACCUUUCAGAUGAUGAGGGGGCUCCAGAAGAAGAGGAGGGUGGCGACCCGGAGAAGCAGAAACUACUUCAGAGAGUGAAAGCAAAGGAGUGGGAUGAGCUGAUGUCCACCAAGAAGAAGAUGAAGGUUCUGGACCCAGUGGUGAGGGGCUGCGUCUGGGAGGGAGACGGACCUGCUUUGCCGCUCUUCCAGCCUUACGCCAUGUGUCUGGUUGAGCCUUUACCCAAGACUGACACAAGCCCCAGCCCAGAGGAGCUCUCACAGAAAGUACUCAGUCAGCUGCUGCCUCUGCUGCACGGCAACCCAAACAGCAGUAAAGUGAUCAUCAGCGAGUUUCAGGAGUUUUGUCGUCACCAGACCUCUUCCUCCUCCUCCUCCUCACCACCACCUCCUGAACUGUCCAGCCCUCAGAGCCCAGCAGAAAACAUCCCCACCAGAAUACAGUUGAAGCGCCUCAUCAAGAGCAAUGCUGUUUAUGAGAAGCGCUCCACCUACAGACGCUGCUGCUGGUACGUGCACACAGACGUCCUGUCCCGUUAUGGGCAGGAGGCUCUUCCUGUGCCGUGCCAGUGGACCUACCUCACUACAGGAGCUCGAGAAGAGUCCCGUGAAGAACCCCAGGCAGCCACUGGCUCUCAGGGAAACUCUCCCACUACACCACAGACCUCGUCCACCACAUCUUUGUCCGUCAACAAAAGGAAGAGCGCAGGCAGCAUUUUAAUCACCCAGUUCAUGAAGAAAUGUGCCGAGUCCGAACGGGAGGCCUCACGUCCCCGUAUUUACCAAGCGGAACCAGUAGAGGCAGACUGUUUUCAAGCUGACACUGAGGACGAUGAUGAUGAAGACUGUGUCAUCAUCUCCACACAGAGUGGUCCACCUGGUCAGUACUCCUCCAGUGAGGCAGACUGUCUGAUGGAAGUCAACCCCUCUGAGAAAGCUGCUCUCGCCGAGGCCAGCGCUCCUACACUCACCACUGCCUGAGGACAGGAGAGGCUGGCUCCUCUAACCAAGCUACCCCAAUUCCUUCAAAUAAAAAAAAGUUGUCCUUUCUGAACUCUUCUGCGUCCAAGACAAGGAAGAUGCAGCAGCACACUCUGGUACAGGCGACUCACAGCAGGUGGCUUCUGCUCAGUAUCCUCGCCUUAUUUUUAUUUUUAAAAAGGAGCCAGGAGUCAUCUUGCCUGUGUCAUGUGCAGAAAAUCAGGAGUGUCUGACUUGAUUUUUGAGGGCACUUUUGUCCAAUGUUCAUUAACUAUGUGUCUGAUUUUUGCAUUGAGGUGUCAGUCAGGCAUGUUCGGCACGGGCCUGUUGAAAGUCUCUGGCGCUGCUUUAGCUACAGCAGAUUGGGUUGAACAGAGACAGGAAGAGCAGAACAAAUAUGCCCGAUAUUCAUGAGAAGAAGCAUCCAAGACAUCAACACCAGCAUUAUGUACGGUUUUUUGGAAUGUUGAAUUCAUGACGUUAUUGGAUAUCUUCUAAUCUAAAUGUGUGUGUGUAUAUAUAUAUAGUUUACCAGAAAUAAGAGCUGGGGAUGAGAGGCUGAAAGUCCAUCUGUACAUUUCCCCUUGAUUUCAGUGGUGGUGCAUUUAUUCUGCAAUUUCUAACUCUGACAGCUCACUGGAGUAGUUGCUAGAUCUGUACUUGUACAGUUAGGUCCAGUGUCACAAUGUUUUAUAAAUAUGUAUUGUCUGUAUUUUUUUCAAGAAUACUUGAACAGGAUAAAUUCAUUAAACAUGAAUAAAAGUACUGCACUUUUAUAUUCCA